CCACUCCACCCUGCAGAUUGCCCCUCCCUCACAGUACAGGUGGCACCCUCCACAGAAGCAUUACUCACACACCUUCCCCCACUUUAUCCCCCUUUUCUCUCCUCCCUCUCUCCUCCCCUUCUCCUGGUGUAUAACAGUCAGCCCAGACAAUUGUGGGCUCAGUCUAGUCAACUAGAGAGAGAGAGAGAGAGAAUACAGCACAAGACCUCUGGAGUAUCACUGGCAACGGGACGUUUCUUCACACUUUCUUCCACACACACAGACUCGGAAGCGGCAGCAUGUUGGUGAACAGGGUCUGGCAUGUGGUGUGUGUGCUCUGCUGUGUGUGUGUGAACGCAGAGGAAUAUGAAGUGAACUACGCAGACAACUACGAAAAGGAGACACAGGACCAACAGGACGGGGACUCCCCUGUGACUACCUGCCAGGCUACAGACCUCUCUCGCUGGAACAAACUCUUCGUGGCUCUGGAGGACUCCCACCAGAGGGAUAUGAUGCUGAUGGAAGCCCUGGAGCAACGCUGUGGAGCCCCGGGAGUCUGCCAGCAGUGCCUGCCCGCCAUCGAGGCAGUUUGCCGGGGGCAGACAGAGCAGGCGAGCCCCAGGCUCCAUCAAGGCCUAGUGGAGCUGAAGGAGGAGGUAACAGAGCGAGAGGGGAGGAUGAAUUCUUCACUACAGCAGAUCAAACAGGAGGGAGCAGAAAGUUAUGGGAGGAUGAUGGCUGUGUUACAUCAUCUCCUUCAGAACAGCAAAGAGCAGAACCAUAGACUACAUCGAUUGGAGGAGAGUAAGCUGACAGGGGAGGUGACAGAAGGGGCUGGAUCUAUAGGAGCCGGGCAUAGAGAAGCAGAGCCAAUCAGGACAGGGCAUAAAGAGAAUGGGUUGGGUUUGGGGGAGGGGCUUAGUCGGAGAGGUGGACCAAUAGGGACGAAGCCUGGCAGUAUAGGGGCGGGUCUCGGACUGGGUUUGGGCAUGAAGCUGUUCUCGUCAAGCACAAAGAAACAGUUAGGGACAUCAUCGCCAUCAUCGGACCCGGGAAAGAUUGAGCGGCCUCUGGUUGCUAUAGCGAUGGAAAUGCAGAAGGUGCAGACCCAGCUGGGCCUAAUAUCCUCUGUAGGGAACUAAGGAUGAAAAAAUACAAGGAGAAAUUAAAGGAAGGAUAUCUGAUGGAUAUUGUCCUCUAUCAGGGACUGAAUUAAAACUAAAAUAUAAACUUAUUGAAAUGUUGCACACUAACAUAUCACCUCUUUAUACAUUAGUAAAGCAAAACAAUCGCCUUGAAAUAUGUUUAGUAUUCUUUUUUAAUUCUGUAUAAUUCAAGGAAAUGCUCUGUGACUAAUUGUCUAAGUGAUGAAUAAAGAUUUGUUAAACUUUUUAA